AUGUUCAGAGAAACGUCGAAUGGCUCGGGUACGUCCUGUAGCAGUGAAACCGUCGGGACAAUCAUUGAACAGAGUAUGGCGUCAUCAGUGUCCGGUCCCAGGGAGCUCAUAUUUCAAUCGUUGCUAAAUCACUACGAAAGGGACGUGUUGGUGGUCUGCACACCAGAACAUCUCAACUUCUCCUUCACCGAUGGGGCGGAAUACUGUUCGAAAACUGCACACAACAUCACAUGUUAUGGAUUCGUCUUUUGA